GUUCUCCGAGCGGGCCUAUCACAAAGCGGUUUUGCCAUGGAUUUGACAGACUUGUGGCGUUGGCCUAUCAGGAUGCUUGGAGUAGCCGGACCCGGAAGUGGUGGCCCUGUAAUGCGGUGGUGUUCUGUCCUGCUGGGGCUGCUGCUUCUCCGGCUCGGGCUGCAAGCUCUGCGGGGUCUUGUCCUGCCUGGGACAACUCCUGUAGUGAUACCGGGAGUCAAUGCCGUGUGCCGCGCCUCUUAUGGCCGUUUUGUCCUGGGAGCCGGAGAUGAGUACGGCCGCCGCUACAGCUCUUUCCCCGCGGGGCUGCGUAAAGAAAUGCGUGAGAUGGCCCGCGGCAUGUUCUCGUUCGGCUAUGACAACUACAUGAAGUAUGCCUUCCCUGAGGAUGAGCUCAAUCCCAUUCUCUGCCGGGGACGUGGACCAGACCACGGAGACCCUUCAAAUCUAAACAUCAAUGAUGUCCUUGGAAACUACUCCCUAACCCUGAUUGAUGCACUGGACACUUUAGCGGUGAUGGGCAAUGCCACAGAGUUUCACAGAGCUGUUCGAUUGGUGAUCGAUACCGUUUCCUUUGACAAGAAUUCAACAGUGCAAGUGUUUGAGGCUACUAUUCGAAUUCUAGGCAGCUUACUGUCAGCCCACAUAAUCCUGACCGACACCAAGCAGCCCUUUGGCAACAUGACUCUAAGUGACUACGAUAAUGAACUUCUUCAUAUGGCUCAUGACCUUGCAGUUAGACUUCUGCCUGCAUUUGAGAACACCAAAACAGGGAUGCCUUAUCCUAGGGUUAAUCUGAAGAAGGGAGUCCCCCCAGAUAGUAGAAAUGAGACCUGCACUGCCGGAGCUGGCUCCCUGCUUGUGGAGUUUGGAAUUCUAAGUCGGCUUUUAGGGGAUUCCACGUUUGAGUGGGUUGCUCGCCGUGCUGUCAGAGCACUCUGGAGUUUGCGAAGCAACAACACCGGCCUCCUUGGGAAUGUGGUGAACAUACAGACUGGACAGUGGGUUGGAAAACAAAGUGGCCUGGGUGCUGGGUUGGACUCCUUUUAUGAAUAUUUGCUCAAGUCCUACAUCCUGUUUGGAGAGGAAGAGGACUUGGAAAUGUUUAACGAGGCUUACAAAAGUAUCCAGAACCACCUUCGCAGGGGGCGUGAAGCAUGUAAUGAAGGAGAAGGGGACCCGCCAUUGUAUGUGAAUGUUAACAUGCUUAAUGGUCAACUCAUGAACACAUGGAUUGACUCACUGCAGGCUUUCUUCCCGGGACUACAGGUCCUAAAGGGAGAUAUUGAGGAUGCGAUUUGCCUGCAUGCAUUUUAUUAUGCCAUUUGGAAACGCUAUGGAGCUUUACCUGAACGAUACAACUGGCAACUGCAGGCCCCUGAUGUCUCCUUUUACCCUCUCAGGCCAGAGCUGGUAGAGUCCACGUAUCUUCUAUACCAGGCCACUAAAAACCCCUUCUAUCUGCACGUGGGUAUGGAUAUUCUGUUGAGUCUGGAGAAGCAUGCUAAAGCCAAGUGUGGAUAUGCAACGAUACACCAUGUUGUGGACAAGUCACAGGAGGAUAGGAUGGAAAGCUUCUUCCUGAGUGAAACUUGCAAAUACCUCUACCUGCUGUUUGAUGAGGAUAACCCACUGCAUCGGGUUGAUAAUAAAUACCUGUUCACCACCGAGGGCCAUCUGAUCCCACUCGACCCUCGUUUGAGGGACACAUCAUGGCAGGACAUCUUUCAUCAUAAAAGCAAAGUGCCGCAAACCCAUGACAAACUGUCACAGACCAAGCUCCGAACUGGUAACUCCAGCUCAAAUUGUUAUAGGGUUCCAGAAGAGCGUAGGUUUUCACUACCGCUGAAAAGUGUCUACAUGCGCCAGAUUGACCAGAUGGUUGGGCUUUUGUAGCUUAUAGUGGGACCUGCUUGUGGAUUAAGGAAUCUUAUCUAUUCAGCAACAAGACAUCAGGUUCUCCCACAUGAAACUGGAAUCUGUGCUGGAGGCUGUGCAGAUACCCUGUCUGCAUUCAGUGCAAACGUGGUGAUCAGGGCAGGCUUGGGUGCUCAGAAGAAUCUGCUCCGUGUCUAUUAUGCAAUAUUGCACAAUUUUUUUUGGGAUGCUCUGUGUAUGACAAACCCUCAGGGAUUUUGAAAGACUAUACACUUAUGUGUCUUCCAAAGCUACUCUUGUUCCUCAAUACCUUCCCCAUGUCAGGACCAAUACAAAAGCAGAUUCCUCAUUGGCUGCUGAUAAAACAAUGUUCACAAUCACCUAGCAAACCAAGGAUUCUGCAGAGGAAUGAGUUGCUCCCUUGCUGCUUUGUGACUAGGGACAGUCCCCAUAGUCAAGUUACAUUUUGCCAAAAUAGUGUCUUAAGCCAAUUUUAUUGUCCGGAUUGUGGCCUUGAAACUACAACUUGGACAGCCUUUUCACCUUACUCAUGCCAUGUCUCUCUGCAACUUCUUUUUAUUGGACCAGUGCCUUAAAUAGACUUUUCUUUUCUUUCUUUUUCCAGCAAAGGUCAGUGACACCUGCUCCUCAUCCACUCAGCACCUUGCAAAUAAAUACAUUACUCUUUUUAUCCGUCUUCUAAUCAGGGCUUAUUUUUAAUCAUUUUGUUUGGAUGUGGAAUUCCGUAUUUUUGAAGUCUAAGGAACAAAUGGAACCAACACAAGUUAUUACGUGUGCCAAUGUCUGCUGGUCACUGACCCUGUUAGACUUGGGCGAGCGUUGAGACUAUGGGCACGCUUCUGUGAACUGCCUGCCCUGCAGCACGAUCAAUGCCAGGUGUAAUCACUGUUAAGAAAAAUACAUUCAGGGAUUAUUUUAUAAAAUUGUAAGAUUUGAUAAUGUGAUUUUUUUUUUUUAAUGUAAGGUCAGAGUCUUAUUAAAAAUCUGCAAUUUCAA